GCCUCGUCGAUAUGGAUAUUCCCGCUGAUGACGUUCCUCUCGGGCUUGAUAUUAAAAGAGUAGGGCGAAAAGAGCGCAAGAAACCGCGGGAUAUUAUUCACACUAAAGAAGGAAAACACUAUAGAUUGCUCCAUGGAAUCAAAGUUUCACGAACGCCGGCUACUGUCCCGAACGACAUACCAUUUCCAGCUACAACCUUUCAGAGUAUCACUAGAACAUAUUCGAACUUCAACCAUUUAUUGCUAAGAAAUUUGGCAGAGUUAUCUUUCGUUCUGCCUACUCCUAUCCAAGCUCAGUCUAUUCCCAUAAUGCUUCAGCGUGAUAAUAUCAUCGCAUGUGCUCCCACCGGAUCGGGGAAAACUGCUGCUUAUCUCCUACCACUACUUCAACACUUCAGUGAGCGUUUCCCAUCGUCGAUUGCAGUCGAUACGAAAGCUUUGAACGAUGUAACGGAUACCACAACUCACCUAGCUACCGUCGGAUCCUCUUCUGGAAAGUUGCACAAAAUUGCGUUGUUCGGUCUCAUUUUGGCGCCAACUCAGGAGCUCGUGCGCCAAAUAUGGUCCGAGGCCAUUCGAUUGUCAAAAGGGAUUAGCAGCGAGCAUUUCUUGGCUUGUUUGAGUCGUCGUCACUACGCUCGCCGAGGAAAGAUCGGAGCUGUCAAAUCCAAACAUCAAGAUGGUGUGGUUAAGCGAAACGAAAAACAUCGUGAGCUUCGGCUUCCACGAUCUACCCGUGUCCUCAUCGCCACCCCGAAAAGAAUUGGCUUUUUGCUCUCUCUAGAUGAAAAACUCUGCCCAUUUGAAUUGCAAUCCUUGUUCUGGUUAAUUGUGGACGAGUGUGACAAAAUGUUGGAGGUUGACUUCAGCAGCCGUAAAUGCGGUGUUGCUCGCAGCUUUCGUGAUCAACUCGAUCCCAUCUUCUCUGCAAUACGUAGAGCACAGCGGUCAUCACUCAGUCAGUUCGCUGCUUCAGUGGCACUGUUUUCGGCCACCAUUCCGGAUCAGGUCGCAGAAUGGGCUCGGAUGGAGAUUCCAUCACUGCCCCAGUGUAACGAUGAGGCACCGAGCAACCUGGCAACUGAACUCAGAGGAAGCCUUGUACUGCUUCGCGUUGGAAAACGCAACUCAGCUGUUUCCACUGUGAAACAAGAGCUCCGCUAUUGUGGCACCGAGGAGGGCAAACUUUUGGAAAUCCGUUGUUUGUUGGCCAGGGGCUUGACUUAUCCUUGCCUCAUUUUCAUGGAGUCACGAGAACGGGCUAAAGAGAUUGUGAAAGAAAUUCUGCUCUCUGACUCGAACGUGUUAGCCAAUGUGAUUUCAAGCGACAAAACUGAGGCGCAGCGCUCUGCGAUUAUUCGCGCUUUUCGUGAGGGUCAGCUCAGCGUACUGGUGUGCACUGACCUACUUGGGAGGGGCAUUGACCUCAAGGGAGUAAGAAUGGUGAUCAAUUAUGAUCUUCCGUCCUCCAAGGAAGAAUACAUUCACCGAGUCGGCCGGACAGGAAGGGCGGGUCAAAGCGGCCGAGCCAUGACUUUUUGGACUGACGCAGACUUACCGUAUUUGGGUGCAAUACUCAAAGUGAUGCGCCGGAGCGGGUCGCAAGUGGAUGGCGAGCUAGAACGACUUGUCGCUGAAUGGGAAUUAAGGAAAGCAGAAAUGAUUUUGGGGAAAAAAGGCGGUGCAAAGCAAAGGCGUAACGUUAUAAUCAGUGGCCGCCGAGGAGAACGACGUCUGUUGCACGAUAUAUUGAAAAAGAGAAAAUGUGACCAAACGAAAUGGGAACAAAAUCCUCAGUCUGGUGACAAGAAGUGUUCCGAAGAAAGCGCAGAAAAAUUGAAAUGGCUGAGACGCUGGAACCCGCGUCGAAAACGAAUUAGCGAAUUAUCCGGGGCGAAGCAAAAGAAAACAGAAUGAAAAUAGCGCGAUGUAAUUUAAUCUGUGAAUAUCUGCUGUUUCUACUAGCAUGCACUUGUCCGCUAUCCGUUGUUCUGAUGUUUGGUGCGUAUCGAGACAGAAGGGCAACAUCAUCUGGACAGAAUAAUAAAACUCAUGACUC